UCCAUACUAUGGGAUACAGGAUUUCUUUGUAGUUCAAAUGCAAUAUGAUGUUCUUCACUGGAGUACCAAAGACGUAUGGCCGCUUAAAUCACAAUUCAACAAUUCGUUUGAAUUACCUUGUAACAUUAAAGUGAGCAUUAUGUUAUACACAUUGCAAAAUACACUCACCAAAAAGAUGUUCGAAAAUGGUGUCAAAAUGUUUUUACAAAAACAAUACACAGACAUUAAUGAUUUGUGGAAAGUUAUGCAGACUGUACUGUAUAGUACAUCUGUCGGAGUUAAAUACAAUUAUAGUAUACAAGACAUAAUACCUAGUUGGGCAGAACUAAAUCACUAUCCUGUGGUAAAUGUGAAAAGAGACUAUAAUACUUUCAGUUUGAAUGUAUCAGUAGAAAAUUUUAAUACAAAUAUAUCGAUACCUGUGAGCAUUACUACGCAAACGUAUUUCCUUUCGGAGAAAAUUGUGUAUCCAGUAUGGCUAAUGCCACCACAUAUUUCAAAUCGUAUGCUGGCUUUCGACUCUGUAAUUAAGGAUGACUGGAUAUUAGUCGAUUCACAAGAAAGUGGAGUGGAAAGAAGGAUUUGUUAAAAAUCUAGAAUUGAGAGUCUUACAUGUUAAGUCUAUACACUUAUUAUAUGAAGCAAUAAAAUUAUCCCAAAUUCGUCUAUUUUGUGGCUUUAAGCAAUACUACGGGAGUUGCAUGUGCACCGCUAGCCGCCCUUCCCCCUU